GCCAGCGAGUUUAUCAGAAGAAUGCCCGGCUACAGUACACGUCAGUUGAGCACUGUCGCUCUGCGGCACUUGUUACAAUUUGCGUUGAUAUCUUAAACUGGUAUAAUCGUUAUAGAGUAGUUAUAAGUAGUUGACCAUGGAUGUUCUUAUGAUCAGCGUUGUAUAAUGUAACAGUUUGGCCUACUGUACAAUAAACGGCAGAAAAUGUAUGUAAACCAUAUAAAACUUCAGUUUUCCGUAAUAUUUCUGUACGGCUGCAUCAGUCCCCUCACGUGCUCUCUAACACACAUUGUAUGCGGGCGCAUUGUGUGGGCAGGCCAAGCAUUAGAAUACGUAGAAGGUAUCGAAGGAAGGAUACAAGCUCACCACCCACUGUACAGUCCAGACAAGUCGUCAAAAAUCUCAUGCCUUUCCUUAAUUUUUGUAAGAGGGUCAAUACGUGAAAAAUGUACACUUAACGGCUUAACACUCGUAUCCCAUGGGCGCCCGAGAAUCAAAUCUUGCGCAGAGGGCAAUCCGAGAACCGCGAUUCCCACGUCCAAACAGGGAAAGUAACGAAUUGGCUAGUUCAUUGGUAAGUUAGUUCAUUAGUGCCUGAAGCAUGGAGGACAAUGUAGCAUUGCGUGAGACAUGACUCGAUCACGAUCCUUGCUCCCAUGCAUUGAGCUGUAUAUAAUAACAAGACAAUAAUGUUAUUAUAUACAGCUCAGUUCCCCCAUCACGCAAUUCGGCUCCUGUACCACGGAUGAGGGAGCGAAGGCUCAGGUGACCGAACACGGUUGCGCCUCACGCGCGAUCUACGAAAGUGCGCAUCUCGCACUAUAAGUAGGCUAUCGGCGUUUGGGAACUCUGAAUAGGAGAGGAAGCAGGUGCCGGAUGUGUACAUCCAUCGGUCACCUCAACACUCGGUAACAGCUCUCAGCUCUCUAUCAGUGUUAGUGAAGGUCUACGAGGCGGGAGCCUUGAGUGCAGAUCCUCCAGAAAAAAUGUGACAUCAAGGUAUAACUUGAGGCGCGCUAUAGGCCAAAGAUGGGGAAAGGUAGCAGUAAGCUAACUGCUCACGAGAUCCGGGAAUUACAAGCUUGUACCUACUUUGACAAGAAGGAACUGCAGCAAUGGCACAAAGACUUUAUGAAGGAUUGUCCAAGUGGAAUAUUACGAAAAGAAGAAUUUCAGACAAUCUACCAACAGUUUUUUCCUCAUGGUGACCCAGCAAAGUUUGCCGGUUUUGUCUUCAAUGUUUUUGACUCUGAUAAGGAUGGCUUCAUUUCCUUCAAAGAGUUCAUCAUCGCUCUGUCAGUCACAUCCAGAGGUACACUCGAUGAAAAGCUCGACUGGGCUUUUAACCUAUACGACGUGGAUAGAGAUGGCUACAUAACCAAGGAAGAAAUGAUCGACAUUGUGGAUGCUAUCUACAGUAUGGUAGGAAGCAUGCUAGAUCUUCCGAAAGACGAGGAUACUCCCGAAAAGCGAGUCAAUAAAAUAUUCAAGCAGAUGGAUGUGGACAAAGAUGGACGGCUGACGAAAGAAGAGUUCAGAGAAGGGUCUAAGUGUGACCCUUGGAUUGUACAAGCUCUCUCACUGGACGUUCCACAGUAAUAUUCUAUACACACUUAUUAAACGGGUGUUUUUUUCUAUCUAAUCUCACUGCUAGCCCGUUAAAUGGGCUCAGACUGAGGGAACAAUAAUGUUGUUAUUGUGGGUGUCUCAUGAAACCAUAUAACUGUAGCAUUAUUGUACCAUGCAAUCAUGUACCAUGGAAUCAUGCAAACCAAGUACCAUUGUUAAGCUGAGUUUUAGACUGCAGAUACACAUAUUGUUUGGCAUCAACACUCAUUAUAGUUGAUAUAACUGCUACGGUAGCAGUUGUUUCCUGGUAACUCUAUAUGGACGUCUCAGUCUGCGUGUGGCUGUCAUACACCUAUAUGACCAAGGUAUUUUAUUUAUAACGGGUGUGUGGUUCCAGCAGUGGAUCUCUGUGCAGUACUGUGGGAACGUCUUGCUGUUUUUUUUAUUUUUUCUUUACUUGACAAAACUGUGUUAUCCUAUUUGAAAUGAAGCUAAUUGUAUGUAUUGUCGAAGUCGUAUAGGGAUAUAUUCGAACUAAAUGUACAUUUAAACAUCUUCCUGUGCGUCAUAUCAACAUUUUAACAUCCAUUACCUCAUACAUUGUUUACAGAUCUCGUGAGACCGCACACGUACCUAUAACUAAAAUCACUGCGAAAUAUAUAAUAACAAUUUGUAAAAUUGUAGUGACAAAUGGUCUCAAUAUCACUCCAUGGCGAUUGUUCUAUGUGUAGCUUCAAGUGUGUUUGUUCCCGUGCACGAACAUGUGUAACCGUGCGCAUGAAAGUGUUCGCUCCGAUGUUCACGUGUUUGUAAGUGUGUAGAUUAUCCGGAUAUUGCACCCAGUGACAGGAUUGUCUUCGAGUGGGUACGUGCUUGACAAACCGACGCUAUAUCAUGAAUAAUCUUUCGAAACAAGCAGUCGCCAUGGAAACGCGAGAAGAAGUGUGUACCUGCGCGACGUGAAGUGAAACAUUCAUUCUGCAGGACCGUCAAUGGGCUCGCAAUUGCAUGCCACUCAAUCACUGCGUGAGAGUGUAGCUGCGCAGCACAACACGGCAGCAUUAGCCGUGUGGUUUGGCGCGGCAACUACUCAGUGUUCGCUAAUCGAUCAAGGCAAAUAUUUUGGAUGAGGGCUAAUGCAAUGUGCAUAAUUCGAGUCAGCCGCACACACAGGCAAGCAACCCGGACAUUGAAAUAACAGCAACUGCUGCAAUAAUUCUGCGCCUUGAGGGCAGACGGUGGCAUUUGCUGCGCGUAUUUCACGUAGUGAAACUCAUCGUAGAGCUGGCAAAUGAUAUCGGCCGGCAUUCAGUGUUAAACGGACACCUGUCAUUCGCACGUGUAAUAUUUUUGUAAUACAGAGUGCAUUGUACUAUAUUUUGUGAGAGAUCAUUGCUCAUUUAGUAGAUAUUUAUUUAGAAAUGUGUUUCACAUGACGAAAUAGUACAUAUCAUGAUAUCAUCUAGCUAUAUUGUGAACAUGGCCGGUGUAGUGUGUAAAAUCUAUUCAUUGCUGAGGUUUGUCUGAAUUGCUGUUAUGCUAUGUGGCGCAGGUGUGCCGCCAGAGUGGAUGAAGUCGUGCAACUGGAGAUUCAGCCCCCCCCCCGUCGGGGUAAAAAUUAGUUAGGGUUAUCUCGUUGGGAAAUCUAUGAAGAAAUACAGUCGCUCUUCGUCUGUUGUGCCGAAUUAUUCGCAGUGACUUUGUAAAAACAAGCGGGAGGAAGGGGCGAUUCGAUAUAUUGCAAUAUGUCAACAAUUAUAUAUAUAUAUUAACACUAAAUAUGGGGAUAACAUCCACGAUUUUAGAUAGCUUUUGGCGCGCUAUUCGCAUUGUAAGUCCCCCCCCCCCUACACACACACACGAUCGUCAGGGACAUUAGCCCCCUAACAUUGGCUCGUAGCGCAUCGCCGGGGACUCUAGCCCCUGUGGCGGCCUGUCUUCUGCGCCGCCUCUGAUGUAGCGUUACUUUAUUGAACAUACUGCGUAUAUUAUUAUUUUACUCCUGAUACGAUUUCACGCUAUUGUUUUAAGCAGGUUUUGUUCCAGCGGUGUGAAUGCUCACUAAACAUGCAUACAGACACCUACAUUUUCGAGAAAAUUUCAAAAUUUUGAUUUCUCUUUAAAAGGUGACAAAUGUUACAGAAUUGUAUUUUUUCGAGAAGCUAUAGAAAAGCACCGAAUUCUUGCCAUGCAGUAUAGGCUUUGUAGUUACAGGAACAUCUGUAUCUUAGAGGCAGCCAGCCACCUGGUCUACAUGAAAUACUCGGAAGUUGCAUGCUGUUAUGGUCCACGUAUGUUCCUAUAAGUAUUAUGUGUGUGAGCUUGCGUGCGUCCGUCCGUGCGUGUGUGCAUGAGUGCGUGCGUCGUGUGUGUGCGCGU